AGGUUUGGUUUCCGCUCUGUCAAAGUGUCAACCGAAUGUUUUUCUGUUUUGAAGAAAGUGUGUAAAUAAAUGUAAAAAAGAAGAGUUAUGAUGAAAGUGCGCGCUUAGUGAAUUCUAUUCAUACUUAUUUUUUGACAGUGGGAAAUUAGCUAGGCUAUCCAUAUUCCUUGAAUCAUAGAAAUCUCGUGCGCAGUUAUUGAAAACAAGUAGAUCAAAAUGACUGAAGUUAUAACUUUAUAUGAUGGUUACUCGGUAAUGACUGGAAAAGAUAGGAUGUCUGCAAAUUGCAGUUGUACUCUGGUAAAAGGAGUCAAUAACAUAGUAGUAGACACAAUGACGGCUUGGGAUUCACAGAAAAUAAUUUCUGCAUUAGAUAGAAAUAACGUGAAACCAGAAAAUAUAAACUAUGUUGUUUCAACUCAUGGUCAUUCAGACCACAUAGGUAACAACAACCUGUUUUUGAUGGCAAAACACAUAGUUGGGUUCAGUGUAUCUUUUCAAGAUGAAUACCACAUGCAUCCUUUUGAUAAAGGUGAAGAUUUCAAAAUAGAUGAAAAUGUCAAAGUAAUCCCAACUCCUGGCCAUACAUUAUCUGAUGUUACUGUGAUUGUAACAUCUAAACCAUCAGGAACCAUAGCUAUUGCUGGAGAUCUAUUUGAAAGGUUUGAAGAUAUUGAAAAUCCAAACAUAUGGCUGGAAGCAGGAAGUGAGGACCCAGUGCAACAAAUGAAGAACAGGUCAAAAGUUGCUGAUUUAGCAGACUGGAUUAUUCCUGGACAUGGGCCCAAGUUUCAAGUCACUGAACAAAUUAAACAAACACUUCAGAAACAAGUGGGUCCGGAAACACCUUCAUAAGAUCAAAACUUUUAGGCUAAGGCUUCAAUUUUUAUAUUUUUGUUGAGAUAAUAAAAAUUACUUUGCAAUUA